GGCCGCGCUUCCCAACUAAUCAGAGCGCGAGUAUGCCAAUGGAGCCCGCUGAUUGGUCGGUGUUUUCCCUUAAUAUCUCUUCAAUGAAGCUUCGGACGACAUUUUCGCUAAGGAAAAAGUUGUUUCAAAUCAUCUCCCGAACCACCCCUUUCAAGGUGUUACAACAUUUUUGGGACACCCUGUAUAGUUAUGAGUGACCCAGGCUUCAUUUUUGAAUUAUUAACGAGUAACCACCCGACCAAUCACAAGGUCCGAUUACCGCGCGCUCAGCCGCUCGCUAAUCGGGCGCUGUGAUUGAUCGGUGUUUUUCGUUAAUAAUUCAAAAGUGAAGCCUCCAUCAACAUUUUUGCAAAGGAAAUUGUUGUUCAGAAUCGUCUCAGCUACCCCCCAUUUCCGCUCCGUACAUUAAUUCUGGGGCACCCUGUAUGUUUGAAAAUGAACUUUUACAAUUUCAACACUUUAAAUAUCUAAUUUUUUGUUACCUUUUGUAAUCUACCAAUGAUUGCAAUGUAUCUAUGACUUUGAAUUGGAACCGACCACACGUCGUUUCCUAUAGCUACGAUCCUUUUUUAUUUUUUUUAUUUUUUUUUAGCGUGGGUGAAAUGCAUUACGCACACGGUCCUGCCCGCUCAGCACAGGUUUCUCACUGCACGUGCGCGAGCGGCAGCCAUUACUGAUAUCGUUGGAACCACUUUCACUACAAAUUUGAAAAUUUUUCCCCAGAUGGCGCCACUAGUAUUAAUCCCGCUCACUGAGGGGUGGUUACUAAGAGCCGCUGAAAGAGCGGCUCACUGGCCGGUGACUUUUCUGGAUUUUGAUUGUGCGUUUAGUAGCAUGGCGAUAUGCUGAAAAAAACCGGUUAAUUUGUUGAUGUUUUACACAUAAGUGCUGUCUUGAGACAAUCAGCGAAGAUGAUUAAAAUAUCGGCGCUGAACGAGGAGUCCAGCGAGGAGAGCGAAGAGGAAGAUGUGCCAACUGUCACGAAAGAAGCUCAAGAACAAAUAGCUCUCACCGAAUACAAUAAAGCCUUAGCAUUGUUAAAUGAGAACAAACAGGAAGACGCUCUGAAUAUUUUUAAAGACCUGUUAGAAACCGAACUGUUAGACGAAGUUGAAAAACCUACCGUGCCCGAUGGGAGAUCCAGACCGAUGUUGUCCCUGAAGUAUUCGUGUUUCAAAAACAUUGCUGCGAUACGAACAGAGUCAGGCCACUACGACGAAGCUAUAGAGAACUAUUGGGAGGCAGCGAAUUUGGAUGAUACAGACGUAACAUUGUGGUAUAGGUUAGGCACGCUAGCCAUGAAAACCUCAAACUUAGAAUUAGCCUGUUCGUCUUUUAAGCAAGGUUUGAAAUGUAAUUCGAACCAUUGGCCCUGUUUAGAUGAUAUGAUAACUGCCUUAUACGCCGUUCCUGAUUAUAUGAAUUGUCUUUUAUAUAUUUCUAUGGCAUUAGAGCGAGAUCCUAGCUACAUAAAAGGUUUGGCUUUCCGUGAUAGAAUAUUCAAAGACAUUCCAUGCCUUGAAGAGUGUUACAAGCUGUACAACAGCGAUUGGCAAUUGGACCCACCAUUGUACACCGAAUACGAUCACAUAGUAGGAGACAAAUUGUUAGCGGAAGCAAGAGAUGUGGCAGAGCGAUGGGCUGAGACGUGUAAAAUAGAAUUCACUCCGAAGCCUCUACCAGAUCUAACGCUAAGGAAACCAAUAAAAAGUCGCACCUGGUUAGACGUAGGCGAAAGUUUAUUAGAUAUGCACAGAUAUAUCACUGAGAACGAUCUAAGUUUUGUUAGUAGAAUCAAUCUAACAGUCCUCGACCCUGCAGAAAUACUUUUGAAAGCGAAUACUGAUGACGAUACUCAAGUAGACAAUGGCACUAAUGCCAAUCAAGAUGUAUCGCAGAAUGACUCUGCGAAGGAAGACAACGACAAUGAGAAACUGAUGAAAAUGGACACCGAAGAAGUAAAUUUUCCAUUUGAAGCAAUGGAUGAUAUCCAAGCAUGCGAUGAUGUGGACGCCAUAAUGGAGGUUGAUGAAGAUGAUAAGAAAUCAUCCUCCAGCGAUGUGCAGAUCAUCGAAGAUGAAGAUCCUCUGAGAAUCUCAGACACGGAGCAAGCUUCUGAACAGAAAGAUGAACUGGCGGAGCAAAAUAAUUUUGAAAUAGAUGAGAACGGAGACAAGUUGCAUUCUGAGAAAGCUCUCAAUGAUGCUUGUGAAGCGCAGAAUGACAAAGCCAGCGAUAAGGACAGCAACAAAUCCAGCGAGAAACCAUACGAGAGGGGCUCGAAGAAGCCAGACAAAGUGCAAUACAAGGCGGAAGAAAAAUCUGAUGAUAAAACUGAGUCGAAGGAAGAGGGACAGAAAGUGAAGAAGAGACGCAGGAGUGCGCUGUGUUUUCUGCAGCAGUGGGCUUGGAGCUGCGACAGCAUGAGACGAUCUGCGAGAGUAAGGAGUUCCAACAGGAGAGAAGCUGAAAGGGACGAUGUCCAGUUAGAAGAGACUCUUCGAAGAAUAUUUCCUAGCUCCCUACUACCAGACACGGUGAAGCUGACCAAAGACGAUCCUUCUAAAAAUUUGGACGAUUCAAUGGAUACAAUGGACCUGUAUCAAUUGUUCGCCAAUCAAGAAAAUGACAGAAUGGCUGCGGAAGCAAUGAAAAGCUCUGACAGUUCAAAGUCACCCAGCCCCGAUACAAGUUCGCAACAGAGUUACUUUGGUACAGAGUCUGAAACAGCUGACGUCAACAUGUUCAUUGCAGAACACAGCGGCAAAAGCAACUUGAUGGUGAUCAUAGCAAGAUUCACAGAAUUUUUAUGUGGCAAAUGGAACAGGGAGUGGCCGAAAGGAAUGUCAGAAGUGUAUUUACAAGCAUAUUUAUUUAUGAGAGAACACAUUCCACACCUUUCACCAUUUGAAGAAGAUGUAAAAGAUGAUAUUCUGAAGUUAGAUGCUGAAAUGACCUUGUUAUUCGGUGAACUUCACACGGAUAGAUGGUUGGGUAACAAACCUGAUAUCCUACCUUCUUCAACGUUAGAUAAACUUGGUACAGGAAUGCCAUCGGAGGAAUUAGGUCAUAUCAUUUUUACAAGCGUCAGACAAGAUAUGUUAAACGUAGAAAAUAUUCUUAUAUUGUUAAGGGUUCUGUGGCUCAAAGCUAACGUCUUCUUGUGUCAAGGUGACACGGAUAUAGUCAUUGAGACGAUAGAAUUGUUAUUGAGCCAUAUGCAGAAACUGGAGAAGCAGAACCAGAACCAGAACAUUUGCCUCAGACUGCCCAAUUGUAACCACAAUUCCCAAAUCAGUAUUAAAAUCGUGGAAAAGAAACUGAAGUCCAUUCAGAGGGGCCAGAAACUGGGAGAGAUACAAACUCUCUACGACGAGAAGAAGUACGCUGAACUCGCGUACAUACUGCAAGACACGUUUAAAUUCGCCAAACAGGGAAACAAGCUUCUGUCCGUUACUGAUAACAUCGUCGACAGGGUGCAACAGUUGUCCAUGUUACUGGACAGCUUAUGGCAGCUCCAGCAGUACGAAGAGUGUUAUGUGUGGGCGGAAGCGUGCCUUAACGAAGCUUGGCAGAAUUACUUAAGUGCCUCCGAAGAAGCUGAUCAGAAGAAGUGGACAGGCUCUGUCCUCAUGGCACUUGAGAAGCUAGAGGCCUGCACCAUCGAAGCCAGCACGUUCAUUCUAAAGUACCUACCCGAGACUCGUCUCUCCAGAUUAGUCCAGAACUUGGUCCACAUAGUCUGCAACCAGUUGGAUGUAUCGGACACCACAGUGGAGAUGCCACUGGAAACGGUUCUCCCUUGGAUCCUGUUGCAUUACGUUUUACAAUAUAAGGAGGACAAGGAGAGGGCGAAGGUCGAGUCGUCCUACAAGAGCAGACAGCACAGCUCGAACCACUCCGAGUCUGACGACGAGGACGAAGGCGUGCCAGCGUCCAUCAUGAUUCUAUUCAUCGCCCAUGAAUUCAUGGGGAGACACUCGUGGUGUUGCUACAACGAGGCCAAACUCUUGUUCUUCACCUUGAAUCUGGUCAUACCUAAACUAGAGACGCCACAGUUCGUCAGCAUAAAGAGCAAGGUCUCCAAGUACCUGGAGCAAAUAUUUUAUUGUUUGUAUGGGCACUACAACAGGGUGAACAAAGGAAGGCCCAAGCAUGUCGAAGAGCACGGUGUUCCUCAAAUGAAAGUCACUUGGGAGGGUGCGCAACUACUGUUUGAGUUUUACAAGCCUAAACAGAUACCAGAGUUCUACUCGCCUAGGUCUCUGACUAUUAGUGCAGACACUGAAGAACUGUUCAAACGCAUAGUCAAGCUUAUUCCUCCUGAGAGCGAUCCAAAUCAAGUGAUCGAUGAAAUGAAGGCCUACAUUAUGAGCGAAAGAGAUACCAUGCCCAUGGUUAAGAAACCUUUGCCACACUCUAUGUCCACCAUUUACUACUUGCUAGGAGAUUUUUAUUUCAAGAAUUGCAGGUGGAGCAUGGCUGUUCGAUACUAUUUGUUAGAUUUGUGCUUUCAUCCGACAAGGCUCAGCUCGUGGACUAGCUUGGCUAUGUCAUCGGGUACUUUGAUUGAGACUUGGAUUAACAAAUAUAAACCGAUAGAUGAAGACAAGCUCCUAGCGAAGGCAAAGUUGACCCAAUCCAGUUACAGGCAUGCCGUUGAACUGGACCCUUGCAAUCAUAUCAUUUGGACUGAGUACGGAAGCUUUGCCUAUGUCGUUCACUCGUUCUGCUCACGAUUGUUGAAGCAGGAAACGGACACGUUAAGUAUGGAACGAUUUGAGUUCUUAGAGACUAGGAAAGAUGAGAUGUUGGAAAUAGCCGAUGAGUGUUUUCAGUCCUGUGUACGCUUAUAUAUUGGAAUUAAGGACGACGAGAUACCGCACGACGAGAGAUGGCUUUACCAGUACAUGCUCGGUAAAAUUACAGAGAAGAAGAACCAGGAUCCUCCUAUAUUUUUGAAAUAUUAUGCCAAGGCCAGUGAACUGUUGUAUCAUAAUAAUGCACAGUACCCGCGUAGAAUAAGCCACAAGUGUCCUCAGCUUCUUUCUGUUGAGGCAUUGGAAGUGCAUUAUCGUAUCCAUGCGAGUAUACUCAAGUAUCUGGAGCAGCACGAAGGCAAACCUCUGAAGAAGUCCUUGGGGCAGGUGCUACGCUUGCAUCUAGAGAACUGUGCGGAGGGACCCUUCAUGAAAUACAGUUCGAAGCUGAGCGAAAAGGGUAAAGAGGAUGGUCUCAUCGCUGGCAACAAGAACACUGGGAAAGAAGUGGAACUCUCUGCGGAGGGAGACAGAAACGUUGUCACUAUUUCUCAGCGUUCCAACAGUAUCGAAGAGAUUGAGAUUGUAGACAGAGCGAAUAAAGGAUUGGGUACCAGUCAACGUACUGAGAAAACUGAUUCGCGCAAGAGACUUGCGACAGACUCGCAGCAAGAAAAUGGAAAGAAGAUGAAGCUAGGCAGUGUGUCGCAUCUGCAGCUGAUGCAGGAUGUCGUGGCUCUGAUAGACGAUGUAAUCACUAAAGUUUGCGACAUGGUCUUACAGAAGGAGAAGAACGAAGAGAUCAUGGUGUUGUCCAGCGAUGAGAGCAACGAAGCCAAGUCGCAGCAGAAACGAGCCAGAACGAAGAAUCCUGAGAAAAUAAAGCUGCAGGUUAAGUCCUCUGAUGUAGCCAAGGAGGUAAAAAUGGACAGCGUAGCUGAGCCCGAAGAGAAAUUAAACAAUGUUCAGGAUUUAAUGGAUGCUCUGAUGAAACAAGCGAUGGAGAUUAGCCAGGAAACGCGACAAUCGACUCCUGAAGAUGACGACACCAGGAAGUUCGAUGGGAAGUGGAUGCAAAGUGAUGACUUGCAGUCCGGUAGCAAAGAAACGAAGGAUAAACCUGGUGACAAGAAGAAGCUAGCGAACACACCUAAAGAGGAAGUGACUUUGAGUAGAAGAGGUUCCCAAGAAAGCACUACCACUACGCAAACGAUCACCACAACGACAGAGACAAAUAAUUCCAGUUCAAGUAGCAGUGAUGAAUCCAGCAGCAGUGAAGACAGUUCGGACAGUGACAGUUCAAGUGAUACGGAUAGUGAUUCUGGUGAGAGUGACAGCGAAAAGAAGAGGAAAGACACUAAUUUCAUAGAAAAAGAAGAGAAUAUGACGGAAGAAGAAGUUGCUACUUUGAUAGCGUACUGUUUAGCUGGCCUAGAACAGUGUAUUUUGAGAUUCUCCGAACAUUAUAAAUCAUUCUACAGAUUGUCUCAUUUCUUCUUCAAUAACAAGGCUGCUAAAGAUAUAACCAAAUGCAGGAAUCUUCUGCUGGAUAACUACAACUGUCAGUUCUAUCGGGGCAAGAAGUUUCAGGGACUCUUUCGGGACAGGAAGAGCACCAAUUUCUUCAGCGGUGUGUGGCAUAUACCGAACCGGGAAGUUGAUAGACCAGGAAGCUUUGCAUUCCACAUGUCGAGAUGCGUAACAUUACUGAUGCAAGUGCUCAAGGAGACAAACGAUGGUCGAAUGUUAAUGCAAUUAAGCAUACAACUUGGGAAGAUACCAGAAUCAGACAAAAAAUAUCUACGUGACACAGAAAGAGAGCAACUCUCUCGCCAAGCAUUGACUCUCUGCCUGCAGUCUCUCAGAAGAAAAGUGCAAUUAAUGGGAUCAAGUACUUCUGAUACCAUAUCGAACAAAAACCCAGAUGCCAGGACUCAAGUUCUCCUCGAUACCUAUUGGGCAUACCAGAGAGCUGUGAAAUGCUUCCAGACCAAGAACUUCCAGACUAUACGUACACUCUCUACUCUGCUUGUGGACACGUACAAGAUUUAUGUUGAUAAUAAAAACCUGGAAGGAAACAUUCUGGAAAUUGCCACAAAAUUCUGCAACGAGUACAAUUAUAAUCGCAAGGUUCUGAAUAAAUUCUUCUGCAGCCUAGACAAACCUAGUACAGACACUCAGACGCAGCCUCAAACUGUGUCUCCAACACCGGUGGUCACAACUCAAGCUCAUGUGAGUUCAGUGUCACCGCAGUCAUCUCAAAACAGGAAACCGUACAAAAGUAUGACAUCCACCGGUCGACCAAGGGGACGACCACCCAAUGUCAACAAAUAUUUGCAAGCCAUGCAACAGGGAGGCAGCACGAUGAACCAGUUCAACACGAAGGCCAACUUUGCAAACUACAUGGGAGCAUCAGGGAACUGCGCUUUGAUGAAUCCCUACUUUAUGCAUCCCUUAGUAGAUCCCAACAUGCUCUCCGCUAUACUGACCAGUAGUUUAAGUGGCAGCAUGAUGGACCCUCUAUCGACCAUGAAUUACCUAAACCAGAUGGGUAGCUACCAGGACAUCUUCAGACAGUACCAGAAUUUUUCUUCGCUGUCCAACUUAACUGGUUUAAAUAACACAAAUGCCACUAGUGUUCCUGCGAUGAGCACUUCCACCUCUAAUAUCAACACAGCGCCUAACAUGAGCAAUCUAGGUAACUUGAACAACCUAUCGGUGCAGCAGCUUUUGAGUUUAAGCAAUUCAACAGCCACCACUGCGCGCUCCACGCCUAUGUACCAGCAAGCAGCCACGUCGAAGACAACCACCACCACCACCACCACAGCGUCGAUCACUAAAGACAGACCUAGCAUAUCCAUAACACCAGUGAACACAGUACCAUCUAAAAGCAAACCUCCCAAACAGAGCUCGCAAGGCGACGCGUUGCCCAUCCAGCUCCCAAAGUCUCUGCAGAUAUCGCAGCCUUCGAAACCAGUUCUACAGCCUCCUACGACUCAGGUCUCCCUCCUGAAGCCUUCUAUCGUUCAGCACGUGAAAACCAGUCCGCCUAAACAGAUGAGCGCGCCUCAGAUUCGAGUGUCUAAGUCGCUGACGGAGCCCCAACCAGCGCACAAUCCCUCCCUGUCGCACUCUCCCUUGAAAAGCACUACCCCCACGAAUCCAACUGUGGUACCCCAGAUCGCUCAUUCGACGAUGAGUCCGUCGAUGGGCCUGAAGCAAACGCUGCCCAUGAACGUGCCCGCUUCCCACUCAGGGACCUCGUUGCAGCACAAAUUGCUGUCGAAGAAGAACUCGCAGCGACCGUACUCGCAGAACGUGCAGAACCCUAUGAGGAGACCCAAGCCUAAAGCGGUACCCAUGUUGCCUAGCAACUUCUCUACUCUGUUGAGCGCUAUUCCUGGCAACUCGACCAUGACGCAGGCGCCUUUCAUUCCUCCUGAACUGAGUGGAAUCUCCGUGAGCCCUGUAAACCCUCAAACCGGCCUGAAAGGUCCGAGUAUAAAGUAUAGCAGUUAUAAGAAGCCUCCUGUAAAAACGAAACCAUCACUGGUAGAUACUUCCAGCUCUUUGUCUAACUCUUUCCCUCAAGGGAGCUCUGUGGAGGCGUUGUCUAUGCUCUCUCAACUGAAGCAACAUUCACACUUGGAGAUCAUACCACAGCAGAAAGCGCAAGCGAAACCAGCCAUGGAGUUCCCUAAGAACCUGUCUUCUGGGGUCAGCGUAGUCCCACAGAAAGCUUUGGACUCUCUCAGGCCAUCGAAUACAGAGUGCAUGACUAUAUAUGACUUACCU